GGUACGUCCUAUCCCAUGGUCUUUUGCUUAUUAGUAAUAAGGUGAACUACCAGACAGAGACAUUCUUAGACAAACACCGUGAUUAUAAUAUGUUGCAAUCUUUUAGCUUCUUCCUCGUGUCCACCUCACUUGUUGAGCACUUUGCUUGCAGCAACAACUUCAAGCUCUCAUGGAAACCCUCAAUAUGUUUGAUGUGUGAAGCCAACUCAUUAAAUAAGCCUCACAGGUUUGAGAUUCCAAGCAUUCUACAGUCAGGUGUAUUAGAAGCUGUCCGUGUAAGUUUGGCAGGCUAUCCCACAAGGAAGACUUACCAUGAGUUUGUUGACUCAUUUGGGAUAAUAGCCUUGGAUAUAUUAGAUACAAGAAUUUCAAAUGUAUUAGUUAUUAGAUUCACGUCGUGCAGAGGUUUUGGAUUCUGCAGCAAAGCGAAUUCAGGG